CAUCGAAACAACGAUGGGAAACUCUGCAUCUCGACAGAAAUUCAACGUGUGGGUAACCCUGGAGCGAGGCUCCUCCCUGGUGGACUCCAUCAAGCUCUCGUGCAAGGACUCCACCUGCUGCCUGAAGAGGAGGCGUACGGUCGCCUCCGUCAAGCUCCCCGUGGAAGGCUGGUCUUGCGUCGCAGGGAUUCAAGGCUGCCACGCCGAGGGUGAGCUGCGUGUGCCCUUGGCGAAGCUGUGCAAGAAAGACGGCAACGCGGCCGCCAGGGUGCAAUGUGCCUCGCUUAGGAAGCCAGUCUUCACCUCUUCCAUGCCGCUGGCCUGGCUGCUGGACAACAUCAGCGGCCUCCACUUCUCUCUCUUCUGUGACGACGGGUCCGCCUUCACCAGCCUCCGGUGCAACGGGAGGCGGUGUGGCGAGCCCGUCCGGGCGGUGAGCCCUGCACCGCGUGCGGCCACUGACGGAGUGGCCAGGACCGAUGAGGCUGAUGCAUGGGCAGCCUUUGAAGUGACGACCCAUGAUGACUGGUCCGUGGAGGCUGAUGAUUCAUGGGCAGCCUUUGAAGCAAUGACCCGUAAUGACUGGUCCGUGGAGGCUGAUGAUUCAUGGGCAGCCUUUGAAGCAAUGACCCGUGAUGACUGGUCCGUGGAGGCUGAUGAUUCAUGGGCAGCCUUUGAAGCAAUGACCCGUGAUGACUGGUCCGUGGAUGCUGAUGAUUCAUGGGCAGCCUUUGAAGCAAUGACCCGUGAUGACUGGUCCGUGGAGGCUGAUGAUUCAUGGGCAGCCCCAGACUUGGUGACCUCCGCUGCUAUGGUCGAGGCUGAUGAUCCAUGGGCAGCCUUUGAAGCAAUGACCCGUGAUGACUGGUCCGUGGAGGCUGAUGAUUCAUGGGCAGCCCCAGACUUGGUGACCUCCGCUGCUAUGGUCGAGGCUGAUGAUUCAUGGCCAGCCUUUGAAGCAAUGACCCGUGAUGACUGGUCCGUGGAGGCUGAUGAUUCAUGGGCAGCCCUAGACUUGGUGACCUCCGCUGCUAUGGUCGAGGCUGAUGAUUCAUGGGCAGCCUUUGAAGCAAUGACCCGUGAUGACUGGUCCGUGGUGGCUGAUGAUCUAUGGGCAUCCACCGAAUUGGUGACCGCCAUCACCGAUGAGGCUGAUGAUCCAUGGGCACUCUUUGAAGUAACGACCCGUGAUGACUCGUCUGAUGAGGGUGAUAAUCCAUGGGCAGUCCUUGAAGUGACGACCCGUGAUGACUCGUCUGAUGAGGCUGAUGUUCCAUUGGCAAUCUUUGAAGUGACGACCCGUGAUGACUCGUCUGAUGAGGGUGAUAAUCCAUGGGCAGUCUUUGAAGUGACGACCCGUGAUGACUCGUCUGAUGAGGGUGAUAAUCCAUGGGCAGUCUUUGAAGCAAUGACCCGUGAUGACUCGUCUGAUGAGGCUGAUGUUCCAUUGGCAAUCUUUGAAGUGACGACCCGUGAUGACUCGUCUGAUGAGGGUGAUGAUCCAUGGGCACUCUUUGAAGCAAUGACCCGUGAUGAUGAGGCUGAUGAGGGUGAUGUUUCAUGGGCACUCUUUGAAGUGACGACCCGUGAUGACUCGUCUGAUGAGGGUGAUGAUCCAUGGGCACUCUUUGAAGCAAUGACCCGUGAUGAUGAGGCUGAUGUUCCAUGGGCACUCUUUGAAGUGACGACCCGUGAUGACUCGUCUGAUGAGGCUGAUGAUUCAUGGGCACUCUUUGAAGCAAUUACCCGUGAUGACUCGUCUGAUGGGGCUGAUGAUCCAUGGGCAUCCGCCGAAUCGGUGACCGCCAUCACCGAUGAGGAUGAUGAUCCAUGGGAUGCCCUCGAAUUGAUAACCAGUAAUGACUGGUCUGAUGAGGAUGAUGAUCCAUGGGAUGCCCUCGAAUUGAUAACCAGUAAUGACUGGUCUGAUGAGGAUGAUGAUCAAUGGGAUGCCCUCGAAUUGAUAACCAGUGAUGACUGGUCUGAUGAGGAUGAUGAUCCAUGGGAUGCCCUCGAAUUGAUAACCAGUAAUGACUGGUCUGAUGAGGAUGAGGAUCCAUGGGAUGCCCUCGAAUUGAUAACCAGUAAUGACUGGUCUGAUGAGGAUGAUGAUCCAUGGGAUGCCCUCGAAUUGAUAACCAGUAAUGACUGGUCUGAUGAGGAUGAGGAUCCAUGGGAAGCCCUCGAAUUGAUAACCAGUGAUGACUGGUCUGAUUAGGCUGAUGAUUCAUGGGAAGCCUUUGCCAUGGCGACCCGUGAUGACUGGUCCGUGGAGGCUAAUUAUCCAUGCCCAUCCACCGAAUAGGUGACCGCCAUCACCGAAGAAGCUGAUGAUGCAUGGGCAGCCUUCGAGAUGAUGACCAGUGAUGAUUGGUUCGUAGAGACUGAUGCCUUCCUGGACGUCACGGCCAUCUGUGCUGUCGUUGUGUAAAUUGUCAUGCUUAACUAAGCAGCCUGGUAACACACUCACCAGUGACCCCCGGCGCAGGCGCGAGCCACAUCGUGAGCCACACUCCCGGGGAGCGAGACACCCUUCAGUGAGGGUCGCUCUUAUUACACCUUCAGGGGAGGAGCUCCAGCUGUAUUUCUUAUCUUA